AUGGCUGGUUCCAAGUUCGCGCUUGCUGCCUCGACGCUGUUGGUCGCUUCGGCCGCUGUCGCCUCGGCUCAGGAAUGCUCGGCCGACGUGAGCGAAUCCUUCAUCGCCACCGUCGACAACAGCACCUACUUCAACACGUGCGCCGAGGGCACGACCUUCAACGUCUCGUCGGUCUUCGACGUUCUCAACUUCACGGAUUCGGAGUUCCUGGCCUUCUGCAACUCGUCCACGUGCCUCGAGCCGCUUCACGAGCUCAUGGACUCGGUCGACUGUCUCAUCACGUACCAAGGCUCGGCGCGCAACCUGUCGGAGGAGGUCGACGAGCUGCACGACCAGUGCCACGAGGUCCUUGAGGAGGCGGAGGGCGGCCACGCCCAUCACAGCAUGGCCAUGUCGAUGAGCGGCAUGGACAUGGGAGGACACUCCCACACCCACAGCUCAGGCUCGACUGCGUCAGGCUCGAGCGGUGCGUCUUCCGCCGUGUUGGCCGCAGGGUCGGUCGUCUCGGCCGCCAUCGCCGCUGUCCUUCUGGCUUAGAUUGGUAUUUGAGGAGAUGGCGGUGCUCGAAGCGAAAUACGCGCGGGUUUCCAUUAGAUAUUAGUCAAUGAAGAACAGUUUGCAAGUCU